GUGAGUAUGUGCUGUAAUGUGUGUGUGUGUGUGUGUGUACAGAGUCAAACGCUGCGCUGGAGUGCAGGAGACGUCUCACUGAUGCAAGGAUUCCCCUGUAUGCUCUCGGAGAGGACACGUGCUGACAGUGUUUUAACCACCACAGGGAAUUAACACAGGUGUGGAGCACGAGUGGAAGGAGCACAAGUAAAGGACAAACUGACACCACCGUUUUGAGGAUGUGUGGAGGAUCAUGCUGUCGGUGAAAGACGACACCACAGCAAUUUGGGGAUGCUGGUGAUGCGGAUGCUCAACCACAGCUGAAUCAUGGGAAACGUGGAGAGUCAGAAUGGGGACAGUGGUUUCUACGGCGAUGUGACGGGAUCAAUCUCCCGUAAGCACGCGUCCCGCUCACUCCGUCUCUCCAGCAAGCAGCCGAUCACCCGCCGUUCCCGGCACUCUUCUUCAGUGAAACAGGAACACAGAAACUCUGAGGCCUCAACUCGCUCCUCCAGCACGCCGAGCAUCCCACAGUCAUUGGCAGAGAACGGACUGGAACCUUUCAACGCAACAGAUGCAUUUGGAGACUUCGGCAUCAACCCUCACUGGACUCAGCGCGUCGCUAUGACAAUGAGGCCGGAGUCCUAUCAGCAAGAUGACGACCCUUUGGCCACGCCAACUCCUGAAACCUCAGAGGCAGACACUGUUGCUCAGGAUGGAGGAGAGGACUCCAUGGGGGAGGGGGAGGGAGAGGGAGACACUGUUGGAGAGGAAAGGUACCUCCAGCGGAUGACUGAGGGACCCCGGGAGGGAGGGAGUUUUAAAAAGAAGCGUUCAAAGUCGGCGGACAUGUGGAGAGAAGACAGUCUCGAGUUCUCUCUGUCUGACCUGAGCCAGGAGCAUCUGACCAGCACUGAGGAGAUGAUAGAUGGGGGAGAAGAAGAGGAGGAGGAGCAGUUCACACACCCCAGUGCAGGCUCAGCUGAAAGGGCAUCGUCUCUGGACCAUCUGUGCAGCCAGCAGAGUCCUGGCCUCAGGGGGCAGAGGAGCCGCUACGCUAAAAACCGGAGAGAAGCUGAGUGUGAUGGAGAUGGUGAAGGGGAGGAGGGGUUGAUGUCUCCAACCGAGGAGGACGGUGGCGGGUAUGGAGCGUUUACGCUCCCUUGCCGACGGUCCCACUGCCUGUCUGAGGGCUUGGCAGGGCUCGGCAUCACGGCUGCACCGUGCCCAACUUUCCAGGGACGCCGUGCACAAACUACUCAGGACAUCUCGGGUGUUUUGGGCGAAGGAAGUGAAUAUGGCGACAGUGGCAUUGAUGGCGUCACCACAGAGAUGGACGGGGAGUUGGUGUCACGCCGCUGUAAGGCCAUGUCGGCCUCUUUCUCAGUCUACUCAGCUGCCGAGAGCAGUGUUUUCAACGGCAGCGACAGUGGAAGCAGCAGCGCGGGAGGAGGAGAAGGAAGAGGUGGUGAAGGAGGAAGGGGAGGAGUGUAUGAGAACUUUCGGAAGGAGCUGGACAAUCAAGCCUGGGCGCAUCAGGGUCAAGACUGCACGGAGGAGGCUGGCUCUGCUGUGAGUGAUGAGCAGAGCAGCGGUACACUCAGUAGUGUGUAUCCAUCAGACACUCUGAUUGGCUGCGCACAAGGCACAGUCAGGAAAGCAGGGGCUCUGGCUGUGAAGAACUUCUUGGUUCAUAAGAAAAACAAGAAGGUGGAACCUGCAACGAGGCGCAAGUGGAAACACUACUGGGUUUCUCUGAAAGGCUGCACCCUUUUCCUGUACGAGUCAGACGGUCGUUCAGGCAUCGACCACAACAGCGUUCCUAAACAUGCACUGUGGGUGGAGAACAGCAUAGUCCAGGCCGUACCUGAACAUCCCAAGAAAGAAUUUGUCUUCUGUCUCAGCAACUCAAUGGGAGACGCUUUCCUCUUCCAGACCUCGGGCCAGACAGAACUUGAGAACUGGAUCACGGCGAUCCACUCUGCAUGUGCCGCGGCUCUUGCUCGGCAGCACCACAGGGAGGACACAGUGCGACUGCUGCGCACCGAAAUCCGCAAGCUGGAGCAGAAGAUCGACAUGGACGAGAAGAUGAAGAAGAUGGGAGACAUGCAGCUGUCCACCGUCACUGACGGCAAGAAGAGGAAGACCAUACUGGAGCAGAUCUUCUUGUGGGAGCAGAACUUGGAGCGGUUUCACAUGGAUCUGUUCCGCUGUCGGUGCUACCUGGCCAGUCUGCAGGGCGGCGAGCCACCCAACCCCAAACGCCUGCUGGGCUUCGCUUCACGUCCCACCAAGCUAGCCAUGGGACGACUGGGCAUCUUCUCUGUUUCCUCCUUCCAUGCACUGGUGUCGGCCCGUACAGAAAGCAGCAUCAGGAGGAGAAAUCAGGCCAUGCCUCGUACCUUCAGUAAACGUCGAAGCCGUUUCUCCUCACUCUGGGGGCUAGACACCACCUCCAAGAGGAAGACCAAGGGACAUCCCUCCAUUAACCAGGUGUUCGUCGAUGGGAUGGAACCUGUGAAAAAGCCCUUGGAGCGCAUGUUUGAAGACUCCGCCAGUGAGAAAUCUAAGGAGAGAGAGAGCUCUGUGAAAAGUCUUCCUCAGCAGAACAUGGACAGCGACAUUUGGGUUCCUGAUUACCUGACCCCCUCCUGGGUGUGUCUGCCAAACAAUCAGCCUGUGCUGGCCAUCAUACAGCCUGGUGAGACAGCGCUGGAAGUCCUGAGUGCCAUCUGCAAGACACAUAAGAUAGACCCAUCCGCCCACUACCUGCGUUUGAAAGUGUGGGUUGACAAUCAAAUGCUCUUCUAUGUUCCCAAACUCGAAGACGACAUCUCGGAUCUGCUCUACAAAGAGAUUGAGAUUUGCCCCAAAGCCACCAGGAUGAUCCGGUUUGACAAUGCCGAGUCCUGCGCCAUCGGAUAUGGGUUUUCUGUGGCUGUUAUAGAUGAAGAUGGGACGCAGCAGCUCCAUAUUACUGAAGUGAAAGCAGGGGGAAUGGCCUCAGCCAAAGGUUUGAAAGCAGGGGAUGAGAUCCUGUUGCUGAAUGGUAAACCUGCAUCUGCCCUCCAAAUGGAUGAUAUGAGGGCUGCGUUUGUAAACCAAGCGUUGACCUUGACUGUGAGCACCCUGCCCCAGCUGGACCCUCGGGUGCUGUGCUCCCUUCCACCCCGGCGCUCCGAUGGGGAACAGGACUUUGCCACAGACAUCUUCUCCCAGAGCCAAGAGGACAUCCUGGAUGAGGUGUCGGGGUUGACGGUGGAGAGCCCAGAUGAGAGUUUGGAGGAAGGACCUCGGCUGACCCUGCAGAGCCCCGGAGAUCAUCAGGAAGACAAAACCUGCACAGGGACAGGACAGAAGAGCACGGAGCAGGUCACUGCUUUCUGCCGCAGUCUCCAUGACAUGAAUCCCCUGGAGUGCCCUAUGUCAUGCUCCUCGUCGUCGUCUUCGUCAUCCCUCUCUCCGAGUCCUGUGUCGGCUUUGCCACCCACAGCAGGAACUGCCACCCAGAGACAGCUCUCCCACGCAGACAAACUCCGCAAGGUCAUCAGUGAACUGGUGGAGACAGAGAAGACUUACGUCAAAGACCUGAACUGCCUAAUAGAGUGCUACUUGACACCUUUGCAGAAAGAGAGCUUCCUUACACAGGAUGAGCUGGACGUUUUGUUCGGUAACCUCGGGGAGAUGGUGGAGUUCCAGGUGGAGUUUCUCCGGACGCUGGAAGAUGGAAUCAGACUGGUGCCAGAUCUGGACAGAUUGGAAAGGGUGGAGCAAUUUAAGAAAGUGCUGUUCUCUUUGGGUGGUUCAUUUCUGUAUUACGCGGAUCGCUUCAAGAUCUACAGCGCUUUCUGCGCCAGCCACACCAAGGUCCCGAAAGUGUUGGCAAAAGCAAAGACCGACCCAGAAUUCAAAGCUUUCCUGGCUGAGAGAAACCCCAGACAGCAGCAUUCGUCCACUCUGGAGUCUUACCUAAUCAAACCCAUCCAGAGGGUCCUGAAGUACCCGCUGCUGCUGAAGGAGCUCUAUUCUCUCACUGACCCGGACAGUGAGGAACACUACCACCUGGAUGUUGCAAUGAAGGCCAUGAACAAGGUUGCGAGUCACAUCAACGAGAUGCAAAAGCUUCACGAGGAGUACGGAGCCGUUUUCGACCAGCUCAUCAAUGAACAGACUGCAGACAAAAAAGAGGUGGCUGACCUGUCGAUGGGGGAUCUUUUGCUACAUUCCACAGUGGUGUGGAUCAACCCUCCAGCCUCUUUGGUGAAGAGCAAAAAGGACCCUGACUUGGCUGCUUUUGUGUUCAAAACAGCAGUUGUAUUUGUCUACAAAGACUGCUCCAAGCACAGGAAAAAAAUCGGUGGAUCUCACCGUGCGUCUGUGAGUGAUGACAGGGAUCCUUUCCGUUUCCGACACAUGAUCGCAACAGACUCUCUGCAAGUUCGUGCCCUUUCAAACUCUGAGGGUACAGCAGUGUGUGAGAUAGUUCACACAAGAUCCGAAUCUGAAGGUAGACCAGAGAGAACCUUCCAGUUGUGCUGCAAUUCUCCAGAUAGUAAGAAGGACUUCCUGAAAGCAGUCCACUCCAUCCUCAGGGAAAAGCAGCGCCGCCAGCUUCUUAAGACUGAGUCUCUGCCACCCAACCAGCAGUACGUCCCAUUCGGGGGCAAACGCCUGUGUGCCCUCAAAGGGGCACGGCCCACCAUGAACAGAGCAGCUUCAGCUCCAUCUCGAACGCUGGCCCGCAGGAAGCUGGUGAGGAACCGCUUCACCAUCGACACCGACCUGGUUUUCCAUGGCAACAACAACAACAGCAGUGAUCCUGACCCCUCCCAUCACCCUUCCUCCUGCUCACCGCUGCUCCAGCAUGCCUUCCCUCAAUCCCACAAAACUCAAGGAGAGGACACCGACCGUUGGGUGGAAGAGCAGUUCGACCUGGGUGGCUACGAAGACCAGGGAGAGGGCAUCGAUGUGGGGCAGGUGAAGGAGACAGACAUUUUAAGCGACGAUGACGAGUACUGCAAGUCUGUCCGAGCUGCGUCAGCAGAACCGGACGGCCUGGAGGGGAAGAUGGAAGGACUCAAUCUAGAGGGUGGAGAGGUGAGGAGCCACAACUUGAACGGGCAAGUAGAGACUAAAGGUGAGAACAUACAGACCGUGAUACAGGAGGAGGAAGUUAAUCGAAUAAAGCAGGGUGACGGUUCAGGCUCAGUAGAUUCCUUCACUUACUGCGGUGUCUCUCUGUCCCGCUGUGCAACCCCAACUCUAAAGCUUGCUCCCUUGAAGCAGUGUGCUGUGGAGGGGGCCACAAACAAUGACCAUGACGUCGUCUGGGUGCGACGUGAUGACUUUGCUAAUGGUUGCAACAGUGACGUCUUCUGAACUAAUUACAGACAACAAGAUGAAGAAAGGAGACAAAGUGUGGUUUCUUCCACUUUGGGGGAAUGGGGGAUAGAGUGGAUACAAGCUUUAACUAUGUAGAAGUUGAAGGAGAAAACAUGUAUAGAAGGUAUUGAACCUCAGCCAGUCCUUCCUGUCUGACUACACAACCCUUUUCUUCCCACCUCACCUGUAUCUCCCUUAUUCAGACAAUCCUAAAGUACUGACAACACAGAGUAAGGAAAAGUACUCUGCUUCGUUUGAGGUAUCUUGAUUCUCAUCCCGAGCUGCUGUAAAGUGGCUAAGAAAGAAUAGAGUCCUCACUGUCUUGGACACACACCCAGGCAUCACACGCACCUGUGGAACGUAGGUAUGUGAACGUAUGAACAAGACAGCACUGCACGUGCACGCAAGUAAAUAAGCAGGUAUGUGUUUGUACACUGUAAGUGCAUAUAGUACACAGAAGCACAGACACAGAGACUCUAGGCAGCUACUGUACCAUGCACACAUUGUACUGAGGAGACGUCAUCACUGAACUGUGACCUUCUGGCCAAAAAUGUCUAUUUUUCAACACAGGAAUGUGGGUGUUAUAUUUUUCUGACUCAGAAACUGUGUUUGUAUUUUGACACUCAAGGGCUGUGUGUUACUGAACUCUUCUUCAGGGGCUUUUGGCUUAACGACUGCUGUGUAAAAGAUGGUGAGAUCCAACUAGCUUUAUUGUGCUUUUUAUCGUUUUAACUUAAUAUCAGCUGCACAUCGGUGUAUAGUCAGGAGUACAAUAGAGUGCCGUUAACCUCUUGUAUAAAAACAUGUUUCGAAGCUCACUUUUUGUCUCCUAGAAAUCCUUUUAAAAGAUAGUUUGGACAACAUAUAGUCUACCAAUUCUUUAUUUAAUUAUUGCAUUUUUACUGUAUUUUUUAAUGCUUACACCACAUUCCUCUGCCCAGUGUUGCAAACCACCUUUUGUGUGUUUGAUGCCCGAGACAGGCUUGAGAGAGCCAGCGCUUGUGUCCUUCACAUGAAUGUCCAGUCUUUGCUUUAGUUUCUUAAAUAAAAUGGCAUUGUUAUUUUAAUAAGCAAUGUUUUUCAUUAAGGUCAUCAAAUAUACUGGACCCUUUUUGUCCCAGAGGCCAUACCCUGCCCAUGCUCCAUGUCCUUGAUGAAUAGCAUAAUAUUUCCUACAACAAUCCUGUUUUACUUGAAUUUUCUUUGUUGUUAUGAAAACCAGUAUCCAACAGAACCAUGUUAGUGACUGUACUUUAACUCCAAGGGGAAGAGCUGUCAUGCAGUCGUCCUCUGACCGAUUCAGACAUCAUUUUCUACUCUCUCCAGCUCCUUUGACCUUUAUCAUGACAAGCAGCAUCACAACCACAAAAUAAACUGGCUGAGACAGACUUCACUCCCUUAACUAUUUCCACUAUACCACUCCUGCAUUUCUUCCCCUUUCCACCAGGCUGUGCUGUUUCACUAUAUGUCAUCACAACAACGCACUGUUGCUGAAAUCAACACAUCGCACCUUAAUGGAUGUAUUGAACAUGCACUUAAAACCCAACUGUGGGAGGGGAGGGGUAACCUGCCAGUUAUCUCUUAUUCAGAGAGUGAGGAGAGUGGAGGGAAACAAACAAACACACUUUGGAUGUUCUUAAUAUUGUGUUUUUAUUAUGAAGCAGGUUUCUUAGAUUUUAGCUUACUGGGUGAUGGUGCCCAGUAAGGACGUUCAGACUGUGAGGUACAAUCACCUGGCCUUGGAGGAAAAUCCUGUGAGAACCCCUCUGACUCCUCCCUUUGUACUAAAACUGUGUUCGUACAUAAAAACUGUGGAGUAUUAUCUUUUUAUGUUAAAAUAAAUUUUCUAAAUUUAGUUUUGUGUGAAAGUGCUAAUUAUUUUUCAUUUUUACUUUU